UAAUAUUACAGAAGAAAAUGGAGAGAAUAUAAUAUUUCGAGAACAACAGUUAGGCCCUGCACUUAAAAGACGGGCUGUAGCCGUGCAUAAUGCUAAAGUACCUAGAUUUAAUCCAAAUAAUGGAAGCGAUAUAAGAAAAAUGCCAGAGAGCCAAAGAAAGCCAUUUCGGGAUUUACUUGAAAAAGAAUUUGAUAAGCGCGGGCAAUUCAAAUUUGCAUUAUGUUCUCUUACAAAAUUUCUAGUAGAUAAAAAACCAGAAGAUAAUAAGGAGACAGACAAAAAUACUAUAAGAAGGGACUGGCUAAGAAAUAAGCAAAUUAUUGUUUAUAAUCGAGCUGAAAUAGAUGAUUAUUUAAGUAAGGCUUUCGAACAAAUUUUAUACCAAGUUGAGGAAAGGGGCGGGAAAUCUAAUGCUUAA